CUGCAAAUGUGUCACCAAUCGGUUCGGUGCCUCGGUCUUCCCAUCAGCCGGUGUUGUAUAAUAUCCCGCCAGCGGAACCAUUCAAAACAAUGGCCUUCCGGAUGUGUUUUCGCUCCAAAGUGUUGCCCCGGGACCAUUUUAUCCGGCGUCCCACCGUCGGUCAGGUGCGCAACGUAUCGGUAAACAGUACGGGGCCGAGUUCGAAAGAAAUCCGGCGUCAGUUCAUAGACUACUUUACCGUCAAACACAACCAUCGAUUGAUACGAUCGAGCUCGUUGAUUCCGUUCAACGAUAGUACGAUCGCGUUUGUGAAUGCCGGCAUGAACCAGUUUAAAAAUGUCUUCCUUGGGACGGCCGAUCGGCCCUGCCAGCGGGCGGUCAACUCGCAGAAAUGUGUGCGUGUAGGUGGCAAACAUAACGAUCUGUCUGUCGUCGGUACGGAUAGCUAUCAUCACACGUUUUUCGAGAUGCUCGGCAACUGGUCGUUUGGGGAUUAUUUUAAGCGGGAUGCUUGUGCAAUGGCCUGGGAUUUGCUCAAGAAUGUGUAUUGGAUUGAUAUGGAUCGUGUGUACGUUACGUAUUUCGGGGGAGACAGCAGGUUGAACCUGCAGGCGGAUGAAGAGUGUCGCGAGAUUUGGCUCAGUUUGGGGGUUCCUGCGGACCGUGUUCUUCCGUUCGGUGCACGUGACAAUUUCUGGGAGAUGGGAAACUCUGGUCCCUGCGGUCCAUGCACCGAGAUACAUCUGGACCUUUCAAACGAGUACAAGAAUACGAACGCGCGACAACACCUGGUGAAUGCCGGUGUGCCAGAUCUGACCGAGAUUUGGAACAUUGUUUUUAUACAGUACAAUCGUGCGCUGGAGGAUGGCACGAUCAGCAAUCUACCUCAACGGCACGUGGAUACGGGAAUGGGGUUGGAAAGAGUGGUUGCCCAUUUGCAGGGUAAGCUAAGCAAUUACGACACGGAUCUAUUCGAACCGAUCUUCAGGCGUAUUCAGAAGGUGACGAAAGUGGAACCAUACCGAGGAAGCUUUCGGUUCACCGAUAGCCACUACGAACUAGACACUGGUUAUCGAAUUAUGGCUGACCACAGUAGAAUGAUCACGGCUUGUUUGGCUGAUGGAAUGUUUCCCUCCCAGAACCACAAACUACGUCGCAUCAUUCGUAAAUCGCUUGCCCUAGCAAAUCGUACCUUCCGCCAGCCGGAACUGUUGUGCGAAACCAUCCCCAGCGUGGUGGACGUUCUGGGCGAUGUGUAUCCCGAGAUGGGCCGGAAUCUGCCCACUGUGUUACAAAUCAUCGAACACGAACAACACUCGUACAGUGCGCUCAGCUCUAAAAGAUCGGCCGAAACGAAUGCGCUGCUGAAACAGUUUCCUCAGCUAGAGGAAUCGGAAGUGCUAGAACAUCCGGGUCUUCCGGGUGCAAUGAAAGAGCUAGCGCAAACUAAACCCACCCAUCUAAAGGGAGCCGGCAUACACAAAAUGUACGACACGUACGGGCUGGACGAGGAGCUGCUGGUGAAGCUGGGUGAAAUUAUGCAUUUUUCACUCGAUUUUCGGGACUACGAGCAGUACGUUGGUGCGCUGAAGGAUGGCUACAAGCACGAGCUGGCCACGAAGCUUCAGACGCGUCUUUCCGCCUAUCAGAACCUGAAGGAAUCGAUCGAUAACACUACCCUAAAGCCAACACGUACCGAGCGUAGGUAUAACUAUGCGUUCAAUCAAGAGAAAGGCAUUUACGAGGUGGCACCGUGUAAAGCGAACGUGCGUCUCCUGCUGGACGAUGAAUCCCGCGGUCAGCUACACAUAGUAACGGAUCAAAGCAAUUUCUACUGUGAAGCUGGAGGGCAACAGAGCGACACGGGACGGUUAACGAUGGGAGGUGGAAAAAGCGUGGACGUGAUCGCCGUUACCGAUCACAAUGGGUUUGUGAUGCAUUCCAUCGCAAAGCAACCGGAUGUCACACUGUCCGUUGGUGAGCAGGUUGAGCUGCAAGUUGACGCCGUCCGACGGACACAGCUAACCCUUCACCACACGGCAACUCAUCUGCUGAACGCAGUCGUACGCAAAAUGAUCCCACUUCCGAUGUGCCAACGAUCGAGUGCCGUUUCCGAACGAGGCUUUCGGUUGGAGCUUGCCAUCAGUGGGGAAAAGAUUACGCUAGACCAAAUAGCUGCGAUCGAGAGUGAAAUACGGUCGCUAAUCAAGCGAAACGAACCAAUCCGUGUGGCGGUGCGCAAUGCCAGCGAGCUCGAUUUCGCCACCAUUACAACGGUCCCGGGAGAAACGUAUCCCGAUCGGGGGCUGCGAGUUGUUUCGAUCGGCGAAGGCAUCUCGCGGGAACUAUGCUGCGGAACACACGCUACCAGCACGGGAGAGCUGCACGAUUUUGCCAUCACGAAUGUAACGCAAUCGAAGAAUGGAUGCUUUACGUUUCACGCCAUCGCUGGACCGGCUGCCGGGAAGGUUCAUUUCCAGGGCGCACAGAUCCAGAACGAUGUCAGCCAGCUGCAGCAAGACGCGGAUCAGAAUGAAACCCGACCGGAGGACAUUACGAUCAUCGAGACGCGGAUGCAGCGGUUGAAGAAUGUGCUGCUCACCGGAACGGACAAUAACAUCCACCUGCCGUACUGCGUGAGACAGCGGUGCUUGAACGUGAUCAAUGCGCUUUAUCAGAAGUUGAAAGAUCGUUCGAGAGAAUCGCUUCGCGAGUUGAUCGACAUUGAGAUGCGCAAUCUGAUGGAGCAAAGGCCGCCGGCGAGCGAUCGGUUUAUUGUUCACUUUCUUGAGUGUUCCAUCAUCCUGGAGGAGGUGCAGCUGAGCAAAGCGACCCGUCACUGUACCGAUCGUCCGAUUCUGGUUGUUAGCAUUACGGACAAUCAGGUGAAGGCACGUGCAACGGUCCCACCGGCGAUGGUAACCGAUCGAUUCAAUGCGGAACGAUGGUUGGCGGUGGUUGCUCAAAUGUUUAAGGCACAGACGGCCGCACCGAAGGGACAGAAUGCGGCCGAGGUGUGCAACAUGAAGGCGCGCAAGAUAAAGAUGAUGCAUUUUGAGGCAACGCUGGAGAAUGCGUUGCGGGCGGCCAAGACUUACGCGGAGGACCACUUCCGUUAGUGGUCCGAUUGGGAAGCAAAGGGCACAAAAGGGCAGGAAUAAAGUUGAUCGAAAUGCUUUUGUUUUGUUUAAAA